AUGAGCGAGACACUGCUGGCCGUCCUGCUCGUCACGUCCUCAGCAAAGGGUUCUAGUCUCGUCUAUCGAUGGCCGCCACAUCCUGCCACUCGCCCUAGGCUCGCACGCCCGCUUCCCACACACGACGCGACCUGCGUACACGCCGACAACCCUUGGCGCGCCGCACACGCCUCCCAGCCAUCCAAUCCAUGCAACGAAUACGGCCAGCACGAGCUGGACAUUCACGAACACGACGAGCUGCUGGGAUACUCUGCCGAGUUCCUUGCCAGCCUGCUAUGUCCACACUCAGCCAUGUGCCACCAGAAGUUCGAGCUCGUGGUCGACGAGCUGGCAUUCAUCGGCCAUCCAGUGUGCGCCGAGGAGGACGGCGGCUGGCGGUUC